AUGUGGAAAGGGGUUUUGCUACUACUGACUCAAUUAUGUUGUGCUAAACGAAUCCCCGACAUCUACUGGAACUCGUCCAGUCCAAUGUAGGUUUUUGAGAGGGUGGGGGUUUCAGGGGAUUUUUGGGUUUUUUGUGGUUUUUAUUAUUACCUGAGACUAGAUUUUUAUUUACUUGAACAGUUUUUACUAUGAAAUAGAUUUAAAAAAGGUGAAUUAUGAGAAAAAAAUCGCCAAAAUCAGUCAAAAAAUUCGAUUUUUUAUCAAUUUUUAAACUAAUUUUACACUUUUCAAGGAUUUUUAAAUUUACUGAUAAUUUAGAGCCUUUUUAUCAAUUUUUUGUUUCGGGUUUUACUGUUAACAAUAUAAUAAAAGUAAAAAGUAACGUGGAAGAAAGUAAGUUAUGAGACGAGAAAGCUGAAAAAACUAACUUUUUCUCGGUUUAAACGGUCCUCCUUUCUAAACUGUUUUGUGAUAAAAAUCGUUGGAAACUUAAAAUUUUAUACCUGAAUGAGGAGGAGAAUUCGUAUUUUACAAUUUACUAUCUUUUAAAACUUUUUAAAAUUGAUUUUUUUUUAAUUUUUGUGCUUUGUUAAGGUGUUGUAAGCUUCUAAAAGAGGUUAUGCUUGGCUUAAAACUUAUUUUUAUUAAGGCAAAAGUGAUGCCAUUUUAUUUUACAGUUGUGAUAUUGUACUGAAGAUCUUAUUUUUAUGUUUAGAAAGUUUAAAACUUCGUAAAAUUUAAAAAUUUUUCAGUUUUACCUCUUUUUAAACUUGAAAUUUUCUCAAAUUUGUUUUAAUUUUUCUUGAUUGAAUAUCAUUUUAAUUCGUUUUUCUCAAUCCAAAUUCCAAAUUCCGAUCCCAGCUGACUCUCGAACCCUUCCCUAUCAUCUUAACACCGAAGCAGCUUCUUUUCUCUACCAAAAAAUCACUUUCCUUUAGUGAUUUAGGGAACGUGGAGGUCAUCGAGUUGUUUUUCACGUCAAACACUUUCGAUCGGUCAAGAUUAACCUGCUUUUCUCUUUUUUGUUCCAUAUUCCGUUUUAAGUGCACCGCCAAAUCCCGACAGCGACAAGCUGUGAUCUAUCUGGUUCGCAACUGUAAAAUUGAUUGUCAGCUCUUUAAGGGGUCUGAAGUUCAAGUCUUUGCCUUUUAAGGUUGCGUUGGAGCGGUACAGGAAGGUGAGGGUGCGUUAGAGUUUUAGAGGAAAGUGAGGGUGGAAAGCGGAAUGUGAGGGCAACAUUAUGACACUGAAAAUAUUUAAACAGUCAAUUAAAAAUUGAGUUCAAAAAGCAGAAUUUUAAAAAUUUAGGCUUCAAGUAGGUAGUUCUCAAUAGCGUUUUAGUCUAGGCUCUAAAAAUUGGCUGGUUUAAGUCAACUUCUAUAUUUUAAUAAAAAGAAAAAGCGAUUUGUUGUUGAUAAGCUAUUUGAAUUUGGCUUUUAAAAGCAUUAAAACGCUUUUUGAUUUGGCCAAAGACUACGUAUUUGAAUAUUGAAUCAUAUUUAUAUUCAAUUCUUAUCAGUUAAGUAAAAAUUUAAAAAAAUUUAAAUAUGGGGUUGUUUGUUCACAUAAUUUUUUACCCCCUCCUCAAGAAAAUUUUUGAGGGUCAAGGGCACAGAAUUAUUUAAACAACCUAAUAAUAAAAAAUUUAAUGAAACUUUUCCAAAUUGACUUUAAGAUUGACUCGAUGGCUCUUACUUAAAAGCUUAUAAAGAACGGCAUUUUAAGUUCUACGUCGCUGUUUUCAAGGCUAAUUUACUUGAAUUUUAAAGCUAUUUGAAAACUUUGGAAGUCGCUAAAAAGCCUUUGUUAACGUUGUCAGAAAGUGGCUUCGAAGUUACCCUAAACAAUUUUGAAAUCCACUUAAGGGUUUGGAUUUUAUGGCAUUUUUUGAAAUUGUUUUUAUAAUGGUGAGCUAUAGGUUGAUUAUGAUUGGCAAGCUUUGAGAUAAGGCUGUUUUUGGUCGUUGCGAUAGCAUUUUGUUAAUUUUUAUAUCGAUGAUGCUGUGUUAAGUUUAGGCUCUGCCAAGCAAGUUUGAGGUUUAGGUUUCUUUAGAUAAGUUUAGGCUUUUUCAAAUAGGCUUAGGUUACUUUUUUCAUUUUAUGAGGUUGCUCAAUUAAUUCUGAGCCCUCUAGCCUUAAAAUUUUGUUUUGAAAAAGGCACAGAAUUAAAAUUUUUUGUACCACCCAAUAGUACAACCUUUUGCGACAACUUUGUUCUCAAGCCGAAUACUAAGCUGAGUAUUAUUAUUAGGAUUCUCAUUUCUUGACUUUAUAUUGUAUUCUGGAUGCUUAGAUUUGUUUUAGUACAACUUUUUGUCAUACUUUUAUAAUAGAAACCAAUUUUUCGUCAUAAUAUUAUAUUAGAAACCUUGUAGUAUCCUUCCAAACUCCCUUCUCUUCUCUCGAUGCCUUGGGCUUCAAUUACGAGGCGCUAAACACUUUGUUCUAAUAACAAUCUUCACCAUUGCGCAACGCUCAUAAAGCGGUCGAAUUACCCACAAAACUCACUAAUGAAGCCUGCGGCUGACAACCGGACCGUUACCGAGUAAUUAGCUCUCGAUCAUCUAAGACUGCUUAAUAAACCAGAACGCAAACAAAUUAGUAUUUUCAUUGGGAUUAAAAAACAAUGCAAUUUGUUUGCGACAAGGAUCAAACUCGACCGAUCAUUUCGUUGCGUCUCUUCCGGCUACUAAUAUAAUAUCACCUUAGGUUAUUGUAUAGCAUAAAAAUUAAAGGCACAGAGUAAUUUUAAUUGAAAAAAGGCUAGAGAAUACGGAAUUUGAAGAGGGUUAGGAAGUUAGUUUGUCUUUUUAGAUUGUUCAGAUAACUCUGUGCCCUAAUCCCAAAAACUUGAUUGAAAGGGGGGCUCAGAAUUAUUUGAACAAGCAAAUAAAAAUAAGGAAAAAAGCUUGUUUUUUAAAUAAAAUUAUAAAAAAAUUAAAUUUCAAUUAAAAAUCAUUUUAAAAAAGCAACUUAUAGGUCAAAAAUGAAGGAGAAAACUAUAGUUUAGGUUUCAGAACAUUAAAAAAAUAAAAAAUGUAUCUAAAAGUAACAAAAUACACAAAAAGAUACAUAAACAAAAAGGAAUAAUAAGCUAACAAGGAAAGUAACCAACCUGCUGCACUCAGAACCAGCUCAAACUUUUUAUAUGAAUCCUUUGCACCGUCAAUAGUAUCUAAAAAAAUUGUAGCUAGCGCUUUUGAGUUUAAAAAUGUAAAAACAUUUGGAUUUUUUGCCAAUUUGGCAAAUUUGUCAUUGUGUUUCAAGCACUGUGUUGACUUUUCAAAUAAGCUACGCAUACAAAUUUGAAAAUAUAAGCCUAUUUAAAAGUUUUCUACUAGUAUAUCAAAGAAAAAUAGUUUAAAUUAUAAAAAAUGGCAGUUGUAAACUUGAAACACAAUGCCAAUUUGGCGGGAAAUUCAAAACGAAAUUUUUAAUCUUGGUAGAGCUAGGCAAGUUGGGCACUUUCUUUGUUAAUAGUAAUUUUAAUAUUUUUGAAACUUUUUAAUAUAUAUUUUGAGCUUUUUCAGUUUUGACAUCAGCAACACGGACCACGUAAACACAGUGCAUCUGCUGGACCGAGUGACAAUUAUUUGCCCGCAUCCAGCAUCGCCCGAUCACUACGAGUAUUCCAAAUUAUAUGUGGUGAGUUUGGCCCAGCUGGCCUUAAUUAAGUGCCGACAUUCGAGGUUUCUCUCUACUAACUCUGCGGUAAUAACAUAGAAAAUUUUGUUCAAAUUUUAUAUUUAGUAUGAUACAAUAAGUUUUGAAAAAUGACAUUUAGAGUACAAUUUUUUAAAAUGACAACAUUUUUUGUAAAAUACGAUAUUUGAGAAAUUUGAAUAUAAAGUUCUAGUUACUAAAUGAUAGGAAAAAAUAUGUCGUUGUCUGUAGUAAAAACCUCAUUUUUUGACCAAAAUAUGACGAAUUUUAUAAAUAUGACAUUUUAAACAAGUCUAUGACCAUUUCUUCAAAGAUCUUGCCAUUUUAUAGCAAACCCAAUCUUUUAUGUCCACUUUAUGCCAUUUCAUUCCACAAUCUCGUCUUCUGCAUCUUUAGCUAACAAAUAGCACUAGCAAUCUGUAAGCCCAUGUAGCACGCCAGUAAUUAGAUUCUGUUUGAGAAUCCGGAAGCGAGGCUUGAUUCCUCGUUGCGUGCCUUCACAAUCUCGCUUAUCCCAUUCUCGAGUUUUAUUCAUUUCAGCUCUCUCGAGAACGAAGAGAAUAAUCCCUAAAAGGGAAGGGGAAUCCUUUCGAUUUUAAAACCAGCUCAAGGCAUUUAAAAUUUUAAAAAACUAUAGAAAAAAUAGUAUUUGAUCUAACACGUCUUACCUUAAGCUCAAACUAGUCCUAACACAAAGUUCUAUCCCAGAGCCCUAGCCCAGAGCCUUAGCCUUGCCCUACCUUUUGCUUUACUCUACCCUUUACCUUAUCCCGUUCUUCACCUUACUUUACAUAUAUUACCUUAUUAUAACAGUAAAGUUGUUUUUUAGUGUCAUAAAGUAAUUUCUGAGCAAAAACCAAGUUAUGCUAUGAUGACUUUUAUGUCUUCACCAUAACAUAUCAGAAGUUAUACAUUUCCUGUUUACGACACUUUUAAUUAAUUCGAUUAUUACUAAAGCUACAAAGAGUAAUUCAGCUGUAAACCUAAUCCUUUAUUUUUAUGGGAAACGGACAUAAAAAAAUAUUAGAAUUGUUAGUUGUUACCUAUUUAUAUACGUAACUUAAAGUUGUAAGCUUUAAAAAAAUUUCUUUAUAAAUAUGAUAGAAAAUGUGUAUAGAAAAAACAUGUAGUUCCGAGUUUUAACUUUAAAAAAAAAGAUUCUCAAAACACUUACAGAUUUACAACCACAAGACAGCUAUCAUUAACCUUGUUUCCUGAACUUUAUGUUGUUCUAACCUUCCUUUUAAGCUUCUAUCAAUGGAGUUUGUAUAGUUAUAAAGCUGUUAUUAACCUCCUUUCUAUUUUUCUUUAUUUUGUUGUUUUCUUUAUUGGUUCAUGGUUAGAGAGAGUAUCAGAAACGCUAGCUUUAGAUUUAAAAAAAAAACGUUUUGUUAAGAAAGUUCUUGCGUUAGUAAACUUAAAAUUCAUGGCUUUCCUCUUCUAUUAAAUGUUCAAUAAAUUCUGCGCCCCUAACUCUAAAAACUUACUUUGAGAGGUGGCUCAGAUUUAUUUGAACAACCUGAUAUAAAUAGAUUCUGCCAUAAUAUAAUAUUAUUUUAACAUUUUCCCCUCUUCUAGGUAAGUCGAAACGAGUACGAUGUGUGUGAGCUCCGUAAUCCUCGCCUCCUCGGCUCCUGCGCCACUCCAGACCAGCAGUCCAGCAUUUCCGUGGUGUUCCGCGACUUUUCCCCCAUUCCGGGGGCGUUGGAAUUCCAGUCCGGGCACAGCUACUACGUGAUAGGUAGGCGAUUCCCUUUGAUCUCGUUUGAUGUAUAUCUGCAGCGACAUCCGACGGCUCCAGCGAAGGCAUCAAUCGCACGGUGGGGGGGCCUCUGCUCCACCAAGAAUAUGAAGCUCAAGUUUGACGUGCAGGAGCCAGGUGAGUGAUGUCCACGUCAAUUGAUCGCUUUACGGUCGUAUUGUGAUGGAAUUGGGGGGAUUUAGUGUGUUUGAAUGGAAUUUAAAAAGCGGUCAAAAAGUUUAGAGAAAAAUGGUUUUUGUGUUUCGGUCAAGAAUUACAUAGAAAACGCAUAAAAAGUAGUAAAAAAUCAAAAAAGACAGACUUUUUUUGAUCUUUUUGUCAUAAAAUGCUAUUUUCUAUAAACUUUUUGACCGCAAAAUUUACAGGAGAAAAGAUUUCUUUAUAUUCCUUGACCGCUAGAUCAACUAAAUCGCAAUAUUUCCGUAAAAUACGCAUAAUAAACCCAUCGUUAUAUAAUGACCUUAUAAUUGCCAUUUCAGAUGUGUCCCCAAAGAAUACGGAGCCAUUAACUCGGGCACGCGACCUCAGCCUGAACGGGCCUUUCAGGUAAGGAUAAUAGCUACAAUAAUAUGUGGUCAAGGGUAUUAUUGUAGGCAUAUUUGGUUCAAGGAUAUUGUUGUAGGUAUAGCUGGUUUAGGUUAACUAAAAUGUUGAUUGUAACUAAAUUAUAAUUACUGAAAUUGAAAAACUAAAGGAAUAUUAACCUUUCAAACCUAGAAACAAAAUUAUACUACAAUAUCCAUUCAAUAAACGUUGUUAUACCACAAUAUAUCCCUCUAUAUACCUAAAAUUUCAGCGAAACCACGCCGAUGCCCUUCAAAACCUCGUCGAUCAGCUACGUGAUCCACACUGUCGAGCCGGAGACGAUAGCAUCGAUGCACACCAGCUCCACCACCUCUCUGACGUCCUCUCCGCUGGCCAUAGUCCUUUUACUGCUUGGUAUUACCGGUUUACUGUGA